AUGGGUCGUCAGGAAUCUGGAAAUAGUGGAAUUAAUCAUCAUUGGCAUGAGUUCGAUAUUGUGGAAGAUUCUGGAGAAUUUUUCCAGUGCAUCGACAGUUGGAUAGAUGUAAACGACCAAUUCAAGAUCAGUUGGUGGAGAGAAUGGAGAACUCAUUUUGGUCGAUGGGAAGAACUUUUUGACGACGUUCAGGCAUUCGAGAUGCUCGAGGAGGGAGAUCUGAAAACAAAAAUAGCGUCGAAGGCGCCCCAGCUUCUUGCUUACAAUUUCACGAACGGCGACUGGUUGAAUUGCGAAUUCGUAAUUGCUGAUGACUUCGGCUAUCGUGAUUCCCGUCGGGCGGGAAGCCUUGAUGACGUGGCAAAUCGCACGGAUUUCACGUCUUUUAUCAAGUUCGAACUUAUUGUUCUGAAUGUAUUCAUCAAGUGUCAUAGUGGGCGUGGCAUCUCUCGAAUUGUCCAAAAACUUGAGAACCUUGUCAAUGCUCGCUUCGGUGGUGGUGGUGACGUCGUCUUCAAUGGAUUCUGA